AUGGCAACCCGUCGUUCCCAUACCAAGUCCCGCACUGGCUGUAGGCACUGUAAGCGGAGGAAGGUCAAGUGCGACGAAGCAUACCCAUCCUGCUUCAACUGCUCAAGACACGGCAUCCCAUGCAGUCUCUCAACAUCGCAUACCUCACCAGCAAACAUCACACCCCAAAGAUCAACAACAACACCAUCCGUCAACGGCCUCAGCCCAGAAGCACCAUUCAACUUCCUAGACGCCGCCCUCGACCAUGACAGACUCCAGUCUCCUGCACCGUCCAUCGGUCACUGGGGCCACGGCCUGGAGCUAAUGCACCAUUACACACUCGUCACCGCAAACACCCUCUCCAUCCGCCCGGAUAUGCAGCACGUCUGGCGCGUCACCAUGCCCGAGAUCGGCUACGAAUGUCCCUUCGUCAUGCAUGGCGUUCUCACACUCGCGGCUCUGCACAAGGCGUACUUGAUACCUUCAUCACGAGACAAGUACCUCGAGCUUGCGACAUCCCAUCAGACUGCGGGCAUCAACGGCUUCAGGACGCAGCUCCAUACCGUUGACGAUACCAAUUGGAAGCCGUUCUUCUGCUUCGCGUCGCUAGUCGUCUUCUAUGUUGCUUUGUUGCCCGUGCGAAUGGAGCAGGACCUUGACUCCGAGCCUGAUAUCAUGGGUGUCUUUAUCUUUGUACGCGGCAUUCGUACGAUUCUAGAACCGUAUCAGACAAAGAUUGUGAGGACAGAGUUUGCGCCUUUGGCAACAGGCAUAUGGACAGUUGACCCGAGUGACCCUGCAUAUAACAGGCACCCGCCACUUCACAACUCCCCACUCCCGCCCGACGUUUUCGAAGCAAUCCAAGGCCUCUCAGACUUUUACACAGAAAACCUCCACGACAGCGCGCGCGAAGAGUACGUGACAGCCGUAAGGGAGCUCGAAAAAUCAGUCUACCUCAUGGCGCACGCCGGCGUCAACCUCGAAGUCGGCAUGAUUCUCUUCUGGCCGUACGUCAUCUCGGAGAAUAUCAUGGCCGAUAUACACGCCCUGAACCCGUAUAGCCUGGUCCUGCUGGCGUACUUUUCCGUGUUUUUGUGUGUGCUGGAGCCGACGUUUUGGUUCCUCCGGGGGUGGUCUAAGAGGUUGUUUGCCAUGGUUGAAGCGCAGUUGGCGGGGCAUCCUGUGUUGCUUGAGGCUGUGAAGUGGCCUCGGAAGCAGGUGUAUGAGUUCUACGCGCAUAUUUGA